AUUUUGUGAAGCAACGAAGGAGGUGGUGGCUGCGGUGGUCUCCGGGAAGCCGUUCGGGCUGGGGCUGUCGGCCGCGGGGCGGAGGCACUCGCGCGGGGGGUAACGCGGGUCUGGGUUCUGUUGCCGCACAGCUCUCCCGGGUGUGUGUGGUUUCAGCGCAGCAUGGCUGUGGUCAUCCGUUUGCAAGGUCUCCCAAUUGUGGCGGGGACCAUGGACAUUCGCCACUUCUUCUCUGGAUUGACCAUUCCUGAUGGGGGCGUGCAUAUUGUAGGGGGUGAACUGGGUGAGGCUUUCAUCGUUUUUGCCACUGAUGAAGAUGCAAGGCUUGGUAUGAUGCGCACAGGUGGUACAAUUAAAGGGUCAAAAGUAACACUAUUGUUGAGUAGUAAAACGGAAAUGCAGAAUAUGAUUGAACUGAGUCGUAGGCGUUUUGAAACUGCCAACUUAGACAUACCACCAGCAAAUGCUAGUAGAUCAGGACCCCCACCUAGCUCAGGAAUGAGUGGCAGGGUAAACUUGCCUACAACGGUACCCAACUUUAAUAAUCCUUCGCCCAGUUCCCCUCCGUGCCACCCAUGACCCCACUGCCACCCAUGUCAGGCAUGCCGCCAUUGAAUCCGCCACCUGUGGCACCGCUUCCUGCUGGAAUGAAUGGCUCUGGAGCGCCUAUGAAUCUGAACAAUAACCUGAACCCUGUGUUUCUGGGUCCAUUGAAUCCUGUUAACCCUAUCCAAAUGAACUCUCAAAGCAAUGUGAAGCCACUUCCCAUCAACCCUGAUGAUCUCUAUGUCAGUGUGCAUGGAAUGCCCUUUUCUGCAAUGGAAAAUGAUGUCAGAGAUUUUUUCCAUGGGCUCCGUGUUGAUGCCGUGCAUUUGUUGAAAGACCAUGUAGGUAGAAAUAAUGGGAAUGGAUUAGUUAAGUUUCUCUCCCCUCAAGAUACAUUUGAAGCUUUGAAACGAAACAGAAUGCUGAUGAUUCAACGCUAUGUGGAAGUUAGCCCUGCCACAGAAAGACAAUGGGUAGCUGCUGGAGGCCAUAUCACUUUUAAGCAAAAUAUGGGACCUUCUGGACAAACCCAUCCCCCUCCUCAGACACUUCCCAGGUCAAAAUCGCCCAGUGGGCAGAAAAGGUCAAGGUCAAGAUCACCACAUGAGGCUGGUUUUUGUGUUUAUUUGAAAGGGCUACCAUUUGAAGCAGAAAACAAACAUGUCAUUGAUUUUUUCAAAAAGUUGGAUAUCGUGGAAGAUAGUAUUUAUAUAGCUUAUGGACCCAAUGGGAAAGCAACUGGUGAAGGCUUUGUAGAGUUCAGGAAUGAGUCUGACUAUAAGGCCGCUCUGUGUCGUCAUAAACAGUACAUGGGCAAUCGCUUUAUUCAAGUUCAUCCAAUUACUAAGAAAGGUAUGCUGGAAAAAAUAGAUAUGAUUCGAAAAAGACUGCAGAACUUCAGCUAUGACCAGAGGGAAAUGAUAUUAAAUCCAGAGGGGGAUGUCAACUCUGCCAAAGUCUGUGCCCACAUAACAAAUAUUCCAUUCAGCAUUACCAAGAUGGAUGUUCUUCAGUUCCUAGAAGGAAUCCCAGUGGAAGAAAAUGCUGUACAUGUUCUUGUUGAUAACAAUGGGCAAGGUCUAGGACAGGCACUGGUUCAGUUUAAAAAUGAAGAUGAUGCACGUAAGUCUGAAUGCUUACACCGUAAAAAACUUAAUGGGAGAGAAGCUUUUGUUCAUGUAGUUACCCUAGAAGAUAUGCGAGAGAUUGAGAAAAAUCCCCCCGCUCAAGGAAAAAAGGGAUUAAAGAUGCCUGUGCCAGGUAAUCCUUCAGUACCAGGAAUGCCCGGUGCGGGACUGCCCGGUGCGGGACUGCCCGGUGCGGGAAUGCCCGGUGCAGGAAUGCCCAGUACAGGAGGUGAAGAGCAUGCCUUCUUGGCUGUAGGAUCAAAGGAAGCCAACAAUGGGCCUCCGUUUAACUUUCCUGGUAAUUUCGGUGGGUCAAAUGCCUUUGGGCCGCCACUCCCUCCUCCAGGAUUAGGAGGAGCCUUUGGUGAUGCUAGGCCUGGUAUGCCUUCAGUUGGAAACAGUGGUUUGCCUGGUCUAGGACUGGAUGUUCCGGGUUUUGGAGGUGGACCAAAUAAUUUAAGUGGGCCAUCGGGGUUUGGAGGGGGCCCUCAGAAUUUUGGAAAUGGCCCUGGUAGCUUGGGUGGCCCUCCUGGCUUUGGAAGUGGCCCUCCUGGUCUUGGAAGUGCCCCUGGGCAUUUGAGCGGGCCACCAGCUUUUGGACCUGGACCUGGCCCUGGUCCAAUUCAUAUUGGUGGUCCCCCUGGCUUUGGAUCUAGUUCUGGAAAACCAGGACCAACAGUAAUUAAAGUGCAGAACAUGCCCUUUACUGUGUCUAUUGAUGAGAUUUUAGAUUUCUUUUAUGGCUAUCAAGUAAUCCCAGGCUCUGUGUGUUUAAAAUACAAUGAAAAAGGUAUGCCCACAGGUGAAGCCAUGGUAGCCUUUGAGUCUCGGGAUGAAGCCACAGCUGCUGUCAUUGAUUUAAAUGACAGGCCUAUAGGUUCAAGAAAAGUAAAACUUGUAUUAGGGUAGCCAUUCACAUCAAUUCUUUAUAAGGUAGAUCUUCAUAUUGCUGUGGUUAAUGCAUCCAGUUUGUUUUUCUAGUAUUUCCAGGUUAGAACCUUUGGAUUGUUUCAAUUGCAUAUAGUUUGGUUUUCAUAACGUAGAGCAUUGGUUGACUGUUUACAGAAGACUCACUCACCAGGAUAAACAUUGCUGUAUGUUACAGUAAAGCUAUCUGGAGAGAACACAUAAAUGAUUUUGGCAUACCAAUAGAGAAGCCAUUUGUAAAGCUCAAAUGACCACAUAAAGUUUAUCAAGGAGUCUAGAUUGGUUUUGUUUUAUACCAUAUGGGAUGAAGAAAAUAGAAAUGUCAGUAGAACUCAUUGAGGGUGCUCUUGCCAGCUACUGAAAAGUAGAAGUUGGCUACUCUCGGAAUUUGGUCUAAAGCGGGACAGAUUUGCUUUGUUUUAGGGUAAAGCUAUGUCUAAGUCCUCAUUUUCUUUUAAAAUUGAAUAAAAUCUCUGUAUACAGAUUCAUUGUAUGUACCUUUAUUGCUUCUUGAGGGUUCUUGCUGUAUAGACAGUCCUGCUUCAGAAGUUGCUGCUUUGUUUGACUCACUUGUAAAUAAGCAGAACUGUUUUGUUGGUUUUUUUCCCUAAAUAUAAAACCUCCACACUUGGUUUAUGCUAUAACUUUGAACUUUGAUUUCUAAUGUCAUACUUAAAACUGUGUGGAAUAAGACUUUUGCCAUAAAAAUAAACUAUGGAGUCCUCUACCUACCAGAGCCUUUUUGGUUUGACCACCAAGUUUGAGUUCAGUCAGUUUAAAAAUUGUUCAUGUUGUUUGGAUGACAUUGAAAACUAGAAACCACUUUUAAUAAUCAGUGUUUAAGAUGCUUGGUUUGUAGUCCAAUCUAUGAUGGACUAACUGUUCUAGCAAUUUCCUUCUGUCCCAGUUUAUGUGAAAUUUUGGCCUUUAAGCAAACAGGAGUCCAUUCAUAAGAAAGAGCAUUACUAUAUUGUGGUUUUUAAAACUGAAGUUGAAAUUGUUAGCUUUGUUAGCCGUAGUAUUAUUGAAUAAAAGAUCCAUAAGCUGGUUCAUAGAUUGAUAUGCGUUUAAUCCUGUUAUUUGGAGGCAUUUUGGUGUAGUUGUUCGAUCAGGAGCCUGUUUACAAAAAUUCUUUAUACAGAAUACAAGUGCAGCUGCCAGAGGGGAGAAAAUUUAUAUUCCUUGCCCUUUCAUACUCUUUUCUUUGGCAUUCAGGACACUAAGGCAAGAGAACCACAUGGGUUCUCGUUGGUGAGUGUCCUUGUCAUGAAAACAUUUUCCUUACAACGUCCUGCUCGCUGCCACAAAAGGCUCUAAUUAGGGUCAUUUUUCUUAGUUAAAAUGUUCUAAAGAUGUGUCACAUUAUAAACAUACAGAAUGGGAGAUUGUUGAGAUAUCAUGGAAAGCAAAUUUUAUUUUUUACAUGACCCUCUUGCUUUGGUUUGAAACAUCCCCAACAUUUUCUUCAAAUCAAUAUAUAUUUACAAAGGGGUUAGCCUUUUAAAAUAAAUAUUUCCUAUUUAAAAAAAUAUAGUGCCUUUUUGAUGUUGUAAAUCAGUAGAACACCGAUAUACAGCGUCGUGUAACUUAGAGUUAAGAAUGGCAACAGUUUGAUUUGUGUGAUAAGAUUUGGAAAGCCUUUUCAUUUAAAAUCUUAGAGGAUUGACAGUACAGGAUUUUUGUUUAAGGAAAGGAUUGUUUAGACUUUCAAGAGGUGAUUGUGUUGUGGGUCUUUUGAUAAUUCAUGAAUACAAAUUUGCUUUGAUAGAUAUUGCCUCCUCAACUUAAAAAGCAAUAUGAUGUUUGUAUAUGCUGUUCAAUUUAAGUUUCUGUUAAGUAAUCAUUUCUCAUUCCAAAGACAAUGCAAAAAACUUCAGCACUGCUCGGGAGUCUAUUUCAACUGCAAAUAUUUUCCCCAUUGGAAAACUAGUUUCAUUUUAGAAAAAUGGGUUGUUUGAAAAUGAAAGUCUUUUAUCUUUUUUCACAAUUUGUUUUGGUUAUAUGUUCGUACAUUAUUAAAUAUUUCAUACACCUUAUUGCAACUACUUUGUUAUUUCUACAUCUUAGAUAAAUGCUGAAAAGGAAAACUUGAUUGUUCAUCGAAUUAAAUAAAUUAAGAAAAUAGUGGUUUGUGUAGAAUUGGAGAGAACUAUGUUUCAUAUUUCAUUGAAUCACAACGGUUCUCGUUGUGAAAUGUAAUUAAAUGCUUUGCCCUCUGGAACUUGAUUUUUGUGUAUCUAAGAUUUAUUAACACAGUGCUAACUGCUAAGCAUACUGUUUAUCCUGUUCUGGGCAUUGGAGUUUCAGUUAAAAAGUUUUUUUGAAAAUGUGUUCUGUGAAACUAUUCAGACCUCUUGUCCUGCAAAUUUUCUCCUAAGAACUAGGUUUGGGGUGGAAAUGAAUUUACAUUAUUUUCUCAUUUGCUUUGUAUAGUAUGAAGGAUUUGUAAAGCUCUGCUCAAAGUUGUGUGCAUUUGUAAACACUAUUAUGAUAUUUUCAAUUUUAUGUGUAAUUUUUAUUGUCUGUUUUCGGUGACCAUGUCAUUAAUGGAAGAGAAUCUUUUCCAUUAGGUUUAUUUUUUUUUUCUCUCCCUUCUGCUGAGUUUUUAUUGGUGUUCAUUUUUCUUUUGCUUUAAAGGAUUAGAUAAAUCUACAAAUGUAUUUUAUAAAUAAGCAACUUUGUAAACUCUUCUGAACUUUAGUGAAACAUUUAGUUCAUAAGCAUAAUUUGUAGGUGUGUUCUGUGUUUACACUAUAGUUUGGAUGUACAAUUAUUAGUGGCUUUUUUAAAAAAUACAAUACAGUGUUAAGUGAAAUAUAGUUCCUAGCUUUGUACUCCAGGUUAUCAAAGCAUCAAUGAAAAGUCCAUUAGGAAGCUUAUUACUCAAAAUUUCAGAUAGUAAUAUUCAGUGUAGUUAAGGUCAGUCUAACCCACUGGAUGAAAAUCUAGGUCUGUAUGGGCGUAAGCCAACAUAUAUAUUUAGGUAGAAAUAGUCACCUUGUAUAAAAAUAAGGACAUAUAAUAGCCUUUAACUUCUAUCCCUUUUACUGGAUUCUGUGAUUGUGUACAGGUGUAGGUCAAAUGUAUAAAAAUAAAACCCACUCAUCAAUUUUAAGAACACCUGUAAAACGAAUAAAGAAAAUGUAAAAUUGCUGCUAAGUCAAAUCUUUCAGAAAUAAUCUCUGGCAGUGGUCAGUUUAAAAAUUAUUUCCCACCCUUGCAAAAUUGCCACAUAUAAAUUGUUUUACUGGCAGUUCUACAGUAGUCCAGACUUUAGAAACCAGACAGUAAAAUGGCUCAUUGCCGGCAUGGCCACAACAUUGCCAGCACAUACUGCCUUGGCAUCAUUCAGCAGAGGUUCUUGUUUAUAAAGAUGAAGUCUUGAAUACUGUUCAAUAAACUUGUCA